AUGGCGGCAACCAAAAAUUAACAUUUCAUUGAAAAAAACCCGCUACAAACCUCCCAAUUUCAAACCAAAGUUAAACACCCAAACACUCAAAUUUUCGAGAAAACCAAAUAGCUUCAUGGAAUUUCAUUUUGGCGAAAACAUUUUCAAAAACCCCUUUUUCUAUAUAGACACAAUCUCCCGUUUCUUUUUUCUUCUUCCAUAUUUCACAAACCCUAAUCUUGCUCCUCUUUCUUCAUAUUCGUUUACACUUUUCCAUUCAAUCGAAGAUGCAGACUCGUGGUUCAAAAAUGAGGGAAAAACACUGAACCAACGCAAAACAUGAAAUUUAACAGAUUAUUGAACCGUAUGCAUUUGAUAUUUCCAACUAUCUUCGCCACAUGGAGACGGAGAAAAAGAGAACACCUAUGUUUUACUGUGCAAUUUGUGUGUUUCAGUGAGUCUCGGUGUUUUAAUUGCUAGUACAUCCUUGGAUUUCAUCACUUAGUGAUUUCUUGGGUUAUAAAUCUGCUGAGUUGGAAGAAUGUGUACUCAUUUUACAUGAUUUAUAUUUGUCAAGAAAGGCGGCACCAUUGAAAGCUAUCAGGGAUAAAUACAAGCAACACAGGGUUCUGCUCAAUAUGCUUCCUAAAUACUACCAUCAUGCAGGAAGUUAUGAAAAUACACUCAUUACAAAAGUCAUCCUAAACAGUUCAAAUAUGCUUCCUAAAUACUAUCUUUUGUCUUUAACAGUUCGAAUAUGUCGUAGAGGUUCGGGACGCUCGUAUGCUGUUGUCCACAAGUCAUCCACAUGCAAGUUUUCAUCAAUAAUGUAUAUGUCUUGUCUUUCACAUGUAGUUGAAUGAAGGGGAUGGAGCAUUCUAUGGACCAAAGAUAGAUAUCAGUGCAUCUGAUGCGUUGAGUAUAAAAUUCCAGUGUGCAACUCUACAGCGUGACUUUCAGCUUCCUGAUCGUUAAGUUGGAAUUCUCGGCUGAGGAUGAAGCCAAAAUUGAGAGUUGUUGGAUACUCAUUGGGAGUCUUUUGUUUAUGUUCGGCGAACAAUCUGGACUCUCGUUCAAGCUUCUAUUUGGAAGGUGCUGAUUCUCUGCCGAACGGUCAUCUAAGGGAUGCAAUUAAGUAUUCACAAGGGGUUACCAGUCCUUUGUUUCCUGAGGUUGAAAAGCUCUUGUCUUUGUUCAAGGAUUCUUGCAAGGAACUCCUCAAGCUACGUAAACAGAUUGAUGGGAGACUACACAAUCUUAAGAAAGAUGUUUCUGUUCAAGACUCUAAGCAUAGGAGGACACUAGCUGAGUUCAACAGGGGCACAAGUGCGAUGCAACAUUAUGUGGCAACACGUCCAAUGUUUAUUGAUGUGGAAGUGAUGAAUGCAGACACUAGGCUAGUUCUUGGUGAACAGUCGGCACAAAGUAGUCCUAAUAAUGUUGCUCGUGGGCUUCCCUCCUUGUACAAAGAAAUCAUAGACACUGUCCGUAAAGAGGCUGCAACAAUCACUGCUGUAUUCCCUUCACCCAGUGAAGUUAUGUCAAUUUUAGUUCAGCCUCUACAGGAACCCGAAAAAUUGACAAGAAUUAUUGUUCAAGCUCUGAAACGAACAGGGAAGAGAGGUAUCAUCAAUAAAGGGUGGGGUGGUCUUGGGAAUUUGGCAGAACUAAAUACCUCCAAAUCUGUGUACUUACUGGACAACUGUCCGCAUGAUUGGCUAUUUCCACGAUGCACUGCUGUGGUACAUCAUGGGGGCGCUGGAACAACUGCUGCUGGUCUUAGAGCUGAAUGCCCAACUACAAUUGUACCAUUCUUUGGGGACCAGCCAUUUUGGGGAGAGCGGGUGCACGCCAGAGGAGUAGGUCCCGCUCCCAUCCCGGUCAAGGAGUUUACAUUGGAAAGGCUGGUUGAUGCCAUACGCUUUAUGCUGAAUCCAGAGGUGAAAAUGCGGGCUGUUGAACUUGCCAAUUCCAUGAAAAACGAAGAUGGGGUUGUGGGAGCUGUUAACGCCUUCUAUAAACAUUAUCGACCCAAAAAACCUGAUACUAAGGAUGAGUCCAAGCCAGUAGCCUCAAUAAAUAAACAUUUCUCCAUACAAGGAUGCUUUGGUUGCUACAAGUCUUCUAGAUGAAUAGGUCCUUGACAUAGUUCUCGAUGUAAUCAUGUUUAUUCUUCAAUUGAUUGUGAAAUGUAAAUUGUCCUGGUGAUUUUGUUGAGCUUCUCCAGAAAUAGUUCAGAACAGUCAAAGUGUUAUUAUCCAAUUUACCAUCAAUAGUCUUAUUAGGAUAAAUUGAAGGAUUUUGUUGAGCUUCUACAAUUUAUUUUUUCCCUUUUCAAUUUAA